AUUCUAUGUACAUAUAUGUACGCAGAUCACUUACAAAACGUGUAAAUAUUUACUGUACAAUUCUAUAAUUGUGGUGUUUAUCGUUUGAAAAACUUGAUCGCCUUGGGGUAGAUAUUUAUUGUAAUUUAAAUUCAAUACUUAAGUAGGAAAUGUUCGAAAGCGAUGAUUGGGACUUGGAUCAGGAUUUCUUAAAUGAUGUGGACAACAGAUCUAGUAAUAUUUGUUGUACAAAGGGUGACGAUGAAGUAGAACCAAAAAGACGUAAAAUAGAAAUUUCAAAUGAUUCUGUUAUCUCAUGUAACUACAGUGUAGACUGGUGUGAAAAGAAGUCUGCAAAUAAAACUGAAUCACAAAAUGAUGAUAAAAUGUCAAGAAAAAAUUUAAUACUUGGCAUGUUUAACAAAAAGAUGUCUGACCAUAAUAUUUUCUCUAUAAGAUCUCAAUCAAAUAGCACACAAAGCUGUGAUAGCAAUCAAUUACCUACAAAACAUAUUGCACUUGAAAUGUUUAAGAAAGAGAACAUAGAAGAUAAAGUUAUAGAGAAUACAAAAUAUUUAGAUUUGCAGAAGAACAGAUUAAAUAUUAAGAGCAACAGUGAUAAUUGUAUACGGCAGCAAUGUAAUUCAAACAAUCUUCAAAGAAGUCUAGUUGAUAAUUCCAGUAAAAAGUUCUUCGAAAUGAAAAAUAAAUCUAUUUUAAAAAUUCCUCAAGUCCAACCAAAUAAAAAAAUGGCCCUAAUUAGAAGAUUUCCGGGACCAGCUGGUUUACUGCCGGAUGACAUAGAUAUUAAUAUUCCUAUCUCAUACUUGAAUAGCUUAGAUGAAAGCAAAGAAUUAACAGAAUCGACUGAAGCUGAUUUACCCGAAUAUUGCUCACAAACCACAAAGAAUCUGUUCACAGAAGGUGCUUGGCAAUUGAUGUUAGACGAUUUACCAGAUGAUUUUUUGAGGGGAAGCGAAAUCGCUACCGUCAAACAAAUGGCAAAUGUGAAUGGAUACAGUUGUUUGAAAGUUGGCUUUUUAGCAGGGAUAAUUGAAUGUAUAGAUCACAGUCACGACAAUCCGCCUAUUCUUUUAAAAGAUUUUACCGACAGCAUUCAAGGAAUUGUACAUAGGGAUAUACCUAUUAAAUAUCCAGGAUUACUGGAAUCUAACGUUGUUAUACUAUUACGUAAUGUCGGUUUGUUGAAGACUUUUGGAUCCUUCACCAGUAAAUAUCAUAUUUUAAUCUCACCUUCAAGCUUAGUAGCCAUUUACUCCAACAAGGGUAAAGUCGUGUGUACACAUUCUAUCGGAACGAUUCCAGGAAAUGUUUCAAAUGAAAAGAUGAAAGAAAAACAGAAGCAAAUGAAAGAAGAUGAAGUGUUCCCACAAAUUGUAGAAGAACAAUUGCACAAGAUUAUAGUUCACUCUAGCAAAGGAACUUGUACAGAAUGGGAUGCAUGUAGAAAUGAAUCGAUGAAUUCUGAUUUCAUGGACGAUUUUUCUUUUUCCGCUUCUACCAGCAAAAUUACGAAUACGCAAAGCGAAAAGAGUUUCAUUAGUGCAACUUCGAAAUGUUUGAAAGAUGUAAAACAAGACGUAGUUCUAAUUACAAACGAGAAACAGGAGAAACAAAAUAAACAGCUGCAAAAAUCGGGAGGCUUGUUAAAAGCUUUGAAAAGAUUUUCUCCAAACGUGGACAACAUUACAAAACUUUCACACAAUCCAAGAAUAUCAAGAAUGAAUACUAAAGUAAAGGAACCAGAAGUGUUAUGUGACAGCAGUUAUUCCGAAGAGACAGAUGUCGAUAAGGAUAAUGUAAGUAAACAUCUGGUAGAGAUGGAAUUCGAGAAGGCAGAAUUAAAUGCAUCUUACAUAGAGAAGAGCAAGCAAUUCAAAUCAAAACAUUUAUUGAAUUUAAAUACCAACAAUGAUACGGGUCAAGAAAACAAAUUAAUCAUGAAUUCUAAUUCAGAAUUGAAUGUACUUUGUAUUACUGAAAAUGAUUCUGACGAUGAAAUUUUGUCUCAAAUGGACAUGGACACCAUUUUCAGUAAUGCUGGAUCGUUACAAUAAUAAACUAAAGCGGAAAUAUUUUAAAAGAAUAUAUUUUCAUAAAUUAUCGUCAGACAGAAUGGAUAUUAUUUCAAAGCUAGGAGAAUAUCUGUGUAUAAUAUUUGUCAUACGCUUUUAUAUUUGUUCAUAACAUGAAUACGAGUAAAUAAUAAAUAAUUUGUUUAAAACGC